AUGGAGUUUUCAUUUUCGAAAAAAGGGUUUUCUACAAACUCCAAAACCCUAAACCCUAAUCCAAACCCUAAACCCUCGCUGCGGGCCCCCAAGCCCGCGGAGCUGCCCGCGCCCAUCCUGGGGUUUAGGGUUUGGCAGCAGCACCAGCAGCAGCGCAGCAGCAGCAGCAGCAGCAGCGCAGCAGCAGCAGCAGCAGUUGCUGCUGCUGCUGCUGCGCUGCUGCGCGGUAGAGCCCACUCGGCUCUGCAGCAGCGCAGCGGGAGAGCAGCAGCAGCAGCAGCAGCAGCAGCAGCAGCUCGUGCGGCGGCAGCAGCUGCAGCAGCAGCAGCAGCAGCAGCAACAGCAGCUGGUGUGCAGCAGCAGCUGCAGCAGCAGCAGCGGCGGCAACAGCAGCUCGCGCGGCGGCAGCAGCUGCUGCUGCAGCAGCAGCAGCAACAGCAGCCGCUGCUGCAGCUGCUGCUGCUGCAGCAGCAGCAACUAGCGGAGCUGCAGCUGCACAGCUAG